GGAGGAGGAGUCCAAGCCAUGCGCCUCUCCCCGCCGCGAGCAACUUCUCUGCAAAACUUCUGCAAGGCGGCGCGCAACGCUCUCCUCCGGGCUUAGCGUUUGCUGCGCCGGUUUCCAAAGAGGCCAUGCAGCGUUGCUGGGCGCUGCCUUCGCGCCCGGCUUUGGCAGGAGCCUGGGAAGCGUUGCCCCCCUCGAUCCCCGUGCGAUGAGCUUCCUCCUCUCAAGUUGGGGGUCGCCCUCGAUUGCCCUGCACUAUCACCUCCCCCCGCCCGGAAAUCGGAGGUGGUGGGAGCCCCCCACCUCAACCCCCAAUAAGCGAGGAUGGAAGAGGAAGGGUGGCUGCCGCGGAAGAAUCAGUCUGCCCGGCUGGAAAGGGAAGAGGCGGGUCCCUAUCCCGUUUGGGUGGUGGCCCUCCUUGCUGUCGUCCUCAUUGUCACCAUCGCCGUGGACAUUCUGGGCAACCUGCUGGUGAUCCUGUCCGUGUACAAGAACAAGAAACUGAGGAAAGCAGGGAAUGCCUUUGUGGUCAGCCUGGCUUUUGCAGACUUGCUGGUGGCUCUGUACCCCUACCCGCUGGCCCUGAUCGCCAUUUUCCAUGACGAGUGGGUCAUGGGCUACCUCCACUGUCAGGUCAGUGGAUUCCUGAUGGGGAUGAGCGUCGUUGGCUCCAUCUUCAACAUCACCGGCAUCGCCCUGAACCGCUACUGCUACAUUUGCCACAGCCUGAAGUACGACAAGGUCUUCUCCCUCGGCAACACACUGGGCUACGUGGGGGUCGUUUGGGCCCUCACCUUGCUGGCCAUCAUGCCAAACCUCUUUGUGGACUCCCUCAGGUACGACCCGCGGGUGUACUCUUGCACUUUUGCCCAGUCCGUCAGCUCCCUUUACACCAUUGCGGUGGUGGUGGUCCAUUUCUUCCUGCCCAUCGCCAUUGUCAGCUUCUGCUACCUGAGGAUCUGGGCCUUGGUGCUCCAGGUGCGGCGGCGAGUCAAGCCCGACGUCCGGCCCAAAAUGAAGCCGCACGACUUCCGGAACUUCCUCACCAUGUUUAUGGUCUUUGUGCUUUUUGCCAUCUGUUGGGCACCGCUGAACUUCAUUGGUUUUGUCGUGGCUCUGAAGCCAGCUCUGGAACCUUCCAUCCCUAAAUGGCUCUUCACGGGCAGCUACUUCAUGGCAUACUUUAACAGCUGCUUAAACGCCGUGAUUUAUGGAGCUCUGAAUCACAAUUUCCGAAAGGAGUACAAGAAAAUCAUACUAACCCUUUGCCAGCUGGUUUGCAGAACUGACUGAAAGAAAUCCACCGAAGCCCAAAUGGGUUUCAGAGGUUGGGUGUCGGAUAGCAAAGUUACCGGAAUACUUUUUGUAACUUGAGAAAUAAUCUGCAAAAGAGUUGUUUGUUACUUGCCUGCAACAGGGUGCUAGAUGGUGGCUUGCAAUGGCUUGUUCAGUGAGGUUUGAGAGUAGCACUUGAGAGCUGUGUUGGCAUAGCAAACAUCAGCUUCCUUAGUUUUUCUUAUCAGU